CAGGUGGCGUCCAUGUCCCUACCUUCUCGGGUCUCCCUACAAUGCCUAUAUAUUUUGCUUCCCACCAUUUUCUUCCCAUCGCAGGCCCUCUUCGAAGAUCUUAUUCUCUGGAUCUGGAGACGCAGAAUAGUCACUGAAGCUGAAGGAAAUGGUUAAAAUUCUCGUGUUCUUGGCGGGGCUCUGGCUGUUGGGGGGUUGGGCAUACCUCUCAGUGCCCGAAUACAUGAAGUAUAAAGACCCCAAACAGUCAAUUGAUGCGAGGGUCGAGGAUCUUAUGAGCCGCAUGACUUUUGAGGAGAAGAUUGGCCAAAUGCUGCAGAUUGAACGCAAGGUUGCGUCUGCUGAUGUGCUCCAGAAAUAUUUCAUUGGGAGUGUAAUGAGUGAGGGUGGGAGUCGUCCUGCUCCGCAUGCUUCAGCUGAAACCUGGAUUAACAUGGUGAAUGAUUUUCAGAAGGGUGCUUUGUCAACUCGGCUGGCUAUCCCAAUGAUUUAUGGAAUAGACGCUGUUCAUGGCCAUGGCCCUGUUUCCGGAGCAACUGUCUUUCCUCACAAUAUUGGACUUGGAGCUACCAGGGACCCAGAACUUGUGAAGCGAAUUGGAGUUGCCACUGCCCUUGAAGUUCGAGCUACUGGAAUUCCGUAUGCUUUUGCACCCUGUAUAGCAGUCUGCAGAGAUCCGAGAUGGGGUCGGUGUUACGAAAGCUACAGUGAAGAUCCUAAUUUAGUACAAGAGAUGACUCAAAUUAUAUCAGGAUUGCAAGGGGACAUUCCUGAUAACUUACCCAAGGGCGUCCCUUUUGUUGGUGGAAAAGAGAAGGUUAUAGCAUGUGCUAAGCAUUAUGUGGGUGAUGGCGGGACAAUUCACGGGAUUGACGAAAACAACACAAUUAUAGAUAGAGAUGGAUUGAUGAGGAUUCACAUGCCCGGCUACGUGGUCUCUAUUAGCAAGGGUGUGGCAACAAUCAUGAUCUCAUACUCAAGUUGGAAUGGAGUAAAAAUGCACACCAAUCGCAACCUCAUUACUGGCUUCCUUAAAAGAAAGCUCCAUUUCAAGGGUUUUGUUAUAUCAGAUUUUGAGGGCCUGGACAGAAUCACCUCCCCACCUCGUGCGAAUUACACUUAUUCAAUCGAAGCCGGAGUUAAUGCUGGCAUUGACAUGUUCAUGGUUCCAAAGAACUAUACAGAAUUUAUAGAUGGUGUAACCAGACUGGUUAAAAUGAAAGUCAUUCCUAUGACUCGAAUCGACGAUGCAGUGAGAAGAAUUUUGCGGGUCAAGGUCAUGAUGGGUCUUUUUGAAAAUCCAUUGGCUGAUUACAGCUUAGUCAAAUAUCUAGGAAUUCAGGAGCAUAGAGAAUUAGCUAGGGAGGCUGUAAGGAAAUCAUUGGUCCUACUGAAAAACGGUGAGUCACCUGGUGGGCCACUUCUACCUCUUCCUAAAAAGGCGUCAAAAAUACUUGUAGCUGGAAGUCACGCUGAUAAUUUAGGCUAUCAGUGUGGGGGCUGGACCAUUGAGUGGCAAGGGGUCAGCGGCAAUAAUCUUAUUAAAGGGACUACUAUUCUCACUGCUAUAAAUAACACAGUUGAUCCAGAGACCGAAGUGAUCUACAAGGAGAAUCCCGACGUAGAAUAUAUCAAGUCUAGUGAAUUCUCCUAUGCCAUAGUUGUAGUAGGAGAGCAUCCUUAUGCUGAAAUGCAUGGCGACAGCAAGAACCUAACAAUCCCCUAUCCUGGCCCCGAGACCAUUACAAAUGUUUGUAGAGUUACAAAAUGCGUGGUUGUCAUAAUCUCUGGUCGCCCUGUUGUUAUCGAACCAUACAUUGCUUCAAUUGAUGCUCUUGUUGCCGCCUGGCUUCCUGGAAGUGAAGGCCAGGGUGUGGCUGAUGUUUUAUUUGGUGACCAUGGUUUCACAGGAAAGCUUCCACGAUCAUGGUUCAAAACUGUUGAUCAACUACCUAUGAAUGUUGGAGAUCCUCACUACGAUCCCCUCUUCCCAUUUGGGUUUGGCCUUUCUACCAAACCCACUGAGAAAUAUUUGAAAUCCUCACUAUGAUCUCCUCUUACCAUUGUCAAAGCAGUCCUAGCUAGGUACAGUUUGAGGGAUCAAAGCAGCUGUGGUAGUUAUUAUUUAGUUAUACUUCGUGUUACAUAAGAUAGUUAAACAGGUAUACGUUUAUUUGUAUAUAUAUACAGACCCGA